AUGGCAUUGGACGACAAAGCGGAGGCCGAGAAGACUGCUGCUGACCAAUUUGAUAGAAGAAAAAAAGACAAAAGACCAAGUCAAAGCACUCAAUGCACAAUCCAAGUUGAACAACUCACUGAUGAAAAGAAGAAGAAUGAGAAGAAUUUGGAGGAAAUGGACAAAAUGAUCAAAGACUUAUGCCGAAAAAAGAAAGACCACGCCAAGACACAAUUGAUUAAAGGAAAGUACAAGAAAGAUAUAGCUGAAAUUACAGUCAGAGCCGAAACCAUUGAGAAGAACAUCCAGAUGGCUGAACAAGAGAAGGUCAAGACUGUGAGAGAUUAUAAGGCUGCUUCUGAAGAAUUGAUGAGAACAAAUACUGAACUCGAUUAUAAACAAGACUAA